AUGCACGGGCAGACCACUCUCUGUGCCGAAGCAAAAGCAGUGAGGAGGCGCUUGCGGCACAGAAAUUACGACGGCAGAGUCCGCAUGCAGACAAAACAUGUGCUCGGCGAAAAAAACGCCAGGACGGCCGACGCAGAAGUGCACCAAAGAGCUACCAAUGAAAAAGAAGGAGCAGCAGCAGCAGCAGUUUGGCUGCGCGAGAUCGAUCGCAAAACAACGCCGCAGGAGACGCACGCUGCGGGGGCAGAGCGCCAAGAGAGGCUACGUGGGGAAGCAGCAGGCAAGAUGCAAUGCAUUGAAGAGCCUCGCUCUCUCUCGCCCGCAUGCGUGCACGCAUGCAGGCGAGUCUCUCGAACUGCGCCGCGACAUGCGCGUAGACGAGAGGAUGCGGAGAAGGAGGGGGAAGCCGCUACUCUCCACGCAGAGAGCGCGCGUCGAGAAGGUACCCCCCAAAACGUGCCUGCUGCUUGCCGCUGCUGGCUGCCCGUAUGGCUGCAAGAUUCAGGAGAUUGGCAACGUCUGCUCCAGUCAGUCCCGAGGACAGAUGCAGGAGCGGCUUGCGACUCCGCAGGCGCUGCGCACGCUACUACGCCUGUGCUCCAAGCAGCGCCACCCACCUCCUGUCGCUCCUUUAAAGAUGGCAAAGGCACGAAGACUGUCUUAUCCACACGACCUGGACGCAGCAGUGCGGAGUCGAUCGAUCCCAGCAAGUUGGUUGCACAGAUGAGAACGAUACCUUCAGUCUGCGCGGCAGUCGAACAGACACACGGCGCACGUCACAGCAGCCACGUUACAGCAGCCACACUGCGGCGGCGACGAGGCAGCAAAACCAGCAGUGGCAAGAACAAAAACAGCAGCAGCAAAAGCAGAAACAGCAGGAGC